UGAUAAGAAUAAUAUUUCUGGAGCAACUAUCGGUCGCAUUUCUCAAAAUCAGAAUAAUGCUGUAUACUGUCACAGCUCAUAUGGCCCAACAUUUGGAGGAGUUUUUAAAGUAGUGAAGAAAACUUAG